AUGCCCUUCUCGCCGUCGGGCGCGGACGAGGCCUUCGACUACCUGUUCAAGAUCAUCCUGAUCGGGGACUCCAACGUGGGCAAGACGUGCGUGGUGCACCGCUUCAAGACGGGCCAGUACAGCGAGAAGCAGCAGAACACCAUCGGCGUGGACUUCACCGUGCGCUCGCUCGACAUCGACGGCAAGAAAGUGAAGAUCCAAGUGUGGGACACCGCCGGCCAAGAGCGCUUCCGCACAAUAACCCAGUCUUACUACAGGAGUGCUCACGGGGCCAUUCUUGCCUAUGACCUUACCAGGAGGUCCACGUUUGAGUCYAUUCCUCACUGGAUUCAUGAAAUUGAAAAGUAUGGUGCUGCAAACUUGGUCAUGAUGUUAAUUGGGAACAAAUCAGAUUCCCCGGACAAGCGGCAGGUGCUGUUUGAAGAUGCCUGCACCCUGGCAGAGAAGUACGGGCUCUUGGCCGUGUUGGAGACGUCGGCCAAAGAGGCCCAAAACAUCGAAGAAGUGUUUCUGCUGAUGGCGAGGGAGCUAAUGGCCCGCAAUACGCUGCAGCUCCACGGAGAGAACCCUCCAAACAGCAUCUAUCUUGACUCCAGGCCAGUGAUUGCCAGUCCAACUCCAGAGAAGACCCAGUGCCUCUGUUGAAGAGAGCUUUCGGGAACAAGAAUUGGAAAAUUGUCUUUUUUUUUCAUUCCUGAGGCGGCGCGCUAGGGUUUUGUUCAAGUUAUGGAAGUUUGCUCUGUGCCUCAAGCCGUUUUCUCUAUUAUCUCUACCUUGCAGUUUGAGCUGUAAGUUUCUCUAGAGGCCCUUGUGGCUGCCGUUCGCGCCGGUUGCUUUGCACGUGGCAGCACAUUCGGAGACGUGGGACUUCUGGGCCGAGGGGACUUGGGGAGCUGCCGGCCGUUGCCUUAACCAAAGAGGACUGUCAACAUAGUGGCCUUAUGGUUGUAUCUUUGAGGGGUUUUCUGGCUGUGCCAGAAGGUAAAUUUGCACCAGAGCUCCGCAUUGAUUUGAGCUUUGAGAUGCACAGUUCAUUUUAGUGCAAGCUCCUUAGUCCUUGCUUGCUCUAAACAGGACUAACUUAUUGCUGCCUAACCUCCCAUUUUGGGGGAGGUCCUGCUGUCCGACACACAGCCACACAGUGCAAGGAAUUGAAUUGCAGCACUGGUAAGAUGGUAUGUGCRUUGGUCACCUGUGUGUGUAUUCCCUCAUCAGGGAGCCUAGAGCUUCGUCCAGGAUGUUAGAGCAGGCAGAAUGAUAGGGGGCAACCAAAAACCCUCUGGKUGGGGUGAGGAAAGUUGUCUCUCCUUUCAUUCCUUAAUCAUUAUAACUGUCUCCAGCACUGAUCUUCCCCUUCCUCUGCAGGCAUACUGGGAGUAAGGAAGCUUCCAAGUUCACAAAUAAUGGCCUAAAUUAAUGGUGAGGUGAAAGGACUGAUUUCUUUCUUUCUUUYUUUUUCUCCUCCUAAAACAACCUUGCCUUCUGCUGCUAAGACUUUUGAUUAAAAUAGUGCCUUAGAAGCUGCUGUAGCUUUUGUGCUGGACCAAUGGCAGCUUAAGAGAAUGCCUCUAGACUUCUAACAGGAUGUAAAGGGGACUCAAAUGCCUAUAAAAUUUAGCUGUGGUUAGGAUGGCGUAGUAAGGGAGCCUCAUCUUAGAGGAGAAAGGGCACAGUGAGGCAGAGCUUCUUCUAGAGAAGAAUACACUUAUUUCAUUGGGAACUUAACCCAGCUGAACAUCUUGAUGCGAGUCAGGUUUUGUUUUGCUCCUCAAGUGCAAGCUGUGCUGUAGGUGAACUCGCUACCCGUAUGUACAGGAAUUGCAGAAGGAUUUUCUUUCUUUYUUUUUUUUUYCCAGUACAUGGAAACAGGGAAGGAGAAAAAUAUUACCUAGAGGAAGUUUUUGACCACAUUCCCUAUGUACCAGAGUGUAUCAGUUACGCUGUUGAACUAUGGACAAGCAAUCAUACACUUCCAUAAUAAAAUACAGUUUGGUUACAUGCAAAAAAAGCCCUGGAAAGACUAGGAAGCUGCCCCUUACCAGCUGGCAAUUUAUUUG